UCAAACAGUUCUCAAACAUGCAGCAGCAGCAAUGUCACAUGGUCAACUUCUGUAUAUAUUUUUUUGUUCUUGGAGUCUUUCAGAAAGGUCUAACAUCAGUGAUCCAAACACAGCAGACUGUGGUGGCAGCAGUGGGACAAGAGGCUCAGUUCAACUGUCAGCUCCUUCAAUCCAAACAGGUCCUGCAGGUCACCUGGCAGAAAGUCUUACCUGAUGGAGAGAAGAAUCUCGGCACCUGCAACCAAUUCUUUGGCCAAACAGUGAAUGACGAAUUCACAGACAAAGUGGAGUUUAAAAAUGCUUCUCUGCAGAGCUGCUCCAUUGUGUUGAGGCGGGUGACGCAGCAGGAUGAAGGCUGCUAUCGAUGCUUGUUCAUCACCGUCCGUGGAAGCUCUGUGGCAGGAAGAACCUGCCUCCAAGUCUACGAGCUACAUGAACCCGUCCUCCAUGUCCGAGAGUCCAACUCUGCUGGAGAGUCCGUUGUGUCGUGUUCAGCCACAGGUCGACCUGCUCCCACCGUGACUCUGAAUGUGACACAGCAGCACCUUCACUUCUCACACAACAACACUGUCAGCGUCAACAACAACGAUACAGUCACUGUCACCACGAAGGCAGUGCUGCCAGGUUUCUGUGGCAACAGUAUCCAAGUUGGAUGUGCAGCCCGAGUGCUGUCUGGUCCUCAGAUGGAGGCGUUUGUGAUGAUUCCUGAGAUGAAACCGCCUGAUGGUUCAGAUGACAAAUGUGGACCAAAUCAGAGAGGUUUCAGAUGGCCUUUGAUCAUUGUGUUCAUUCUGGUGGCUGUUUGUUUUGGUGCUGUGAUCAUGUCAAGAAAAAACCUCAGAACGGGAACCAUGAGAUGAAUGAGAUGAUUCAGGCCAAAGACACUCAGAAACUGAAGAACCUUCAGGUGCUCAAGACAACAGUGAUGUCAGAAAACGGUCACCCCCUAAACAAAUCAAGAAAACAACAUAAAACCGUCACCUUCAGCAGCAAGAAGAAUCAAUGUGGACCAGUGUUGACUCUGGUGACACUAAAUGGUAACAGGACUGUAGGAAUAAGACCUGAUCGAAACUACAUCAAAACUUGAAGCGUUAAAAUCCUGGUGCUAAAAUUGCAUUGAAAUGCUCAAACAACAAUCACAAUUCAAUAAUGUUAAAAAAGGGGGGUUCUGCCUCAUAGGUAAUCAUGUGCAUUGACAUUUUUGUGUUUUUUUGUGGCAUUUCAUUUUUUAUAAUGUUUUUUAAGGAAUUAAUAAUUGUUUUUUAUGUUUCUGUAUUUUUUUAAUUGAAAAUUUAUAGAAAAAGAACAUUAAAACCCUCAAAAAAAGUGAUACUUUAUUGUCUUGUUUGGACUAAUUUGUGACACAGUGUGACUAUAUGGAAUAGGAUAGAAUAGAAUAGAAUGGUCGCUUUAUUGUCAAACUGUCGUGAGAACAGAAACCCUCUGCAAUAUUAUUUAAAUGCCAAAUGAUACAAAGCUGCAUCUUCUUGCUGUAGCUAAUUGCUUUAUUGCAUUAUUUUUACACAACAUAUUA